AUGCAACGACACCACUGGGGAGGAAAGAAGACAUCUCGUUCCUGUGAGGAAGUGAAAGAGGUCACAGGCCCCCUGUCAGAGCUCCAGAUCAGCUAUGUCUGGGAAGUGCUCCAGGGACUGGCCUAUCUACAUUCACAGGAGAAGAUACACCGGGACAUCAAGGGAGCCAACAUCCCCAUCAACGACCCUGGGGAGGUCAGACUGGCUGACUUAGGUAUAUCGGCCCAGAUUAGGGCCACACUGGCUCGACACCUCUCUAUCAUUGGGACACCCUACUGGAUAGCUCCGGAAGUGGCGGCCUUGGCCCUGAAGGGGGGAUACAACGAGCUGUGUGACAUCUGGUCACUGGGCAUCACAGCCAUUGAAUUAGCCGAGCUGCAGCCACACCUCUUUGACGUUCACAAACUCAGAGUUCUCUUCCUCAUGACCAAGAGUGGCUAUCAGCCUCCUCGGCUAAAGGAAAAAGGCAAAUGGUCGGCUGCCUUCCACACCUUCGUCAAAGCCAACCUCACCAAGAGCGCCAAGAAACGACCUGGCACCACCAAGAUGCUCAGUCAUCAACUGGUGUCCCAGCCCGGGCUAAACAGAGGCCUGAUCCUAGAGCUUCUUGACAAACUGAGGAACCCAGGGAAGGGGGCAGCUGUUGGCGAGAUUGAAGAUGAGGAGCCUGAGCUACCCCCUGCCAUCCCUUGGCGGUUCCGAUUUACCCAUCGAUCCAGCUCUGUGGGGAUCCCAGAUGCGGACUGCUGUCGGCGGCACAUGGAGUUCAGGAAGCUCAGAGGCAUGUAGUCCACACCCACAGCUGACAUGGCUCGCUUACAACCCCCUGGAGGCUUCAAGAGCAGCAUUCCUAGGAGGAACCUGUCAGAGUCCGAAGAUGAAUACGACAACGUGGACAUCCCCUCCCUCGCAGAAGACAUACCUCCUCCUCUACUCCCCAAGGUAAGGUUCUGGAUCCGUUCUCCAUCUGACGAGGGUCCUGGGGGGACUGCGGAUGAGGGGCAGCUGAGCCCAGGGGUAGUGGUCCGCUGUGCCAGUGUGCCUCCCCCUGGCACCACCCAACUUGUGCCUCCCCCAGCCACCCGAAGCCCCCACGUAACCGCUCACUCAGAAACUUCACUGUGGAACCCAGCCAUCGGGAACAUGACCAGCCCCCCGCUGUUGCCCCCCAAGGAGGAAAAGAUGAAGAGAAAGGGAUGUGCCCUUCUCCUAAAGUUGUUCAAUGGCUGCCCUCUCUGGAUCCACAGCACGGCGGCCUUGACACACCCCUCCACCAAAGACCAGCAUUUACCUGGAGCUCAGGAAGGCAUUUUCAUUCUGAACCGAAAUGAUCAGGAGGCCACGCUGGAGAUGCUGUCUCCUCCAUGCUCUGCAGCUCUUUCUAGCCGGACUACCCAGGUGUACUCCAUCAACAAUGUCCUCAUGUCUCUCUCAGGUCUGGCUGAAAGACCCCCCCACCUGUAUUCUCAUAGCAUCCUGGGCCUGCUGGAACGGAAAGAGGUCAGAGCAGGAAGCCCCAUUGCUCACAUCAGUCCCCAACGGCUCCUAGCAAGGAAGGACAUGGUCUCCACUAAGAUCCAGGAUACCAAAGGCUGCCAGGCGUGCUGUGUGGAGGAGGGCGCUAGCUCCGGGGGCCCGUUCCUGUGUGGGGCAUUGGAGACAUCCGUGGUCCUGCUUCAGUGGCAGCAGCCCAUGAACAAGUUCCUGCUUCUCCGGCAGGUGCUCUUCCCGCUACCCACGCCUCUGCAGGUGUUCUCACUGCUGACCGGGCCAGGCUCCGUGCUGCCCGCCGUGUGCAUCGGCGUGAGCCCCGGGCAGCCGGCGAAGUCGGUGUUCUUCCACACCGUGCGCUUCGGCGCGCUCUCCUGCGCGCUCUCCUGCUGGCGGGGCGAGAUGAGUGCAGUCACAGGCCCCCUGUCAGAGCUCCAGAUCAGCUAUGUCUGCAGGGAAGUGCUCCAGGGACUGACCUAUCUACACUCACAGAAGGAGAUACACCGGGACAUCAAGGGAGCCAACAUCCCCAUCAACGACCCUGGGGAGGUCAGACUGGCUGACUUUGGUAUAUCGGCCCAGAUCGGGGCCACACUGGCUCGACACCUCUCUUUCAUUGGGACACCCUACUGGAUGGCUCCGGAAGUGGCGGCCGUGGCCCUGAAGGGGGGAUACAACGAGCUGUGUGACAUCUGGUCACUGGGCAUCACAGCCAUUGAAUUAGCCGAGGUACAGCCACCCCUCUUUGACGUUCACCCUCUCAGAGUUCUCUUCCUCAUGACCAAUAGUGGCUAUCAGCCUCCUCGGCUAAAGGAAAAAGGCAAAUGGUCGGCUGCCUUCCACAUCUUCGUCAAAGUCACCCUCACCAAGAGCGCCAAGAAACGACCUGGCGCCACCAAGAUGCUCAGUCAUCAACUGGUGUCCCAGCCCGGGCUAAACAGAGGCCUGAUCCUAGAGCUUCUUGACAAACUGAGGAACCCAGGGAAGGGGGCAGCUGUUGGCGAGAUUGAAGAUGAGGAGCCUGAGCUACCCCCCGCCAUCCCUCGGUGGAUCCGAUCCACCCAUCGAUCCAGCUCUGUGGGGAUCCCAGAUGCGGACUGCUGUCGGCGGCACAUGGAGUUCAGGAAGCUCAGAGGCAUGUAGUCCAGACCCACAGCUGACACGGCUCACUUACAACCUCCUGGAGGCUUCAAGAACAGCAUUCCUAGGAGGAACCUGUCAGAGUCCGAAGAUGAAUACGACAACGUGGACAUCCCCUCCCUCGCAGAAGACAUACCUCCUCCUCUACUCCCCAAGAUCCGUUCUCCAUCUGACGAGGGUCCUGGGGGGACUGCGGAUGAGGGGCAGCUGAGCCCAGGGGUAGUGGUCCGCUGUGCCAGUGUGCCUCCCCCUGGCACCACCCAACUUGUGCCUCCCCCAGCCACCCGAAGCCCCCACGUAACCGCUCACUCAGAAACUUCACUGUGGAACCCAGCCAUCGGGAACAUGACCAGCCCCCCGCUGUUGCCCCCCAAGGAGGAAAAGAUGAAGAGAAAGGUGAGGCCAGCUGGAUGUGCCCUUCUCCUAAAGUUGUUCAAUGGCUGCCCUCUCUGGAUCCACAGCACGGCGGCCUUGACACACCCCUCCACCAAAGACCAGCAUUUACUCCUGGGAGCUCAGGAAGGCAUUUUCAUUCUGAACCGAAAUGAUCAGGAGGCCACGCUGGAGAUGCUGUCUCCUCCAUGCUCUGCAGCUCUUUCUAGCCGGACUACCCAGGUGUACUCCAUCAACAAUGUCCUCAUGUCUCUCUCAGGUCUGGCUGAAAGACCCCCCCACCUGUAUUCUCAUAGCAUCCUGGGCCUGCUGGAACGGAAAGAGGUCAGAGCAGGAAGCCCCAUUGCUCACAUCAGUCCCCAACGGCUCCUAGCAAGGAAGGACAUGGUCUCCACUAAGAUCCAGGAUACCAAAGGCUGCCAGGCGUGCUGUGUGGAGGAGGGCGCUAGCUCCGGGGGCCCGUUCCUGUGUGGGGCAUUGGAGACAUCCGUGGUCCUGCUUCAGUGGCAGCAGCCCAUGAACAAGUUCCUGCUUCUCCGGCAGGUGCUCUUCCCGCUACCCACGCCUCUACCGGUGUUCUCACUGCUGACCGGGCCAGGCUCCGAGCUGCCCGCCGUGUGCAUCGGCGUGAGCCCCGGGCAGCCGGCGAAGUCGGUGUUCUUCCACGCCGUGCGCUUCGGCGCGCUCUCCUGCUGGCGGGGCUAGAUGAGCGCAGAGCACAAGGGACCUGUACAAGUGACUCAAGUCGAGGAAGACAAGGUGAUGGUGUUGAUGGACGGGUCUCUGAAGCUGGUGACCCCAGAGGGGGCCCCAGUCUGGGGGCUUCGAACUCCAGAGAUCAACAUGACUGAAGCAGUGGAGGCCGUAGGCUUGGUUGGUGGUCGGCUCCAAGCCUUCUGGAAGCAUGGAGUGCAGGUGUGGGCUCUAGGCUCAGACCAGCUGCUGCAGGAGCUGAGAGGCCCCACCCUCACCUUCCGUCUGCUUGGCUCCCCUAGGCCUGUGGUAGUGGAGACACGCCCAGCAGAUGAUCCUACUGCCCCCAGCAACCUCUAUAUCCAGGAAUGAGUCCCUGGGGUUGGGGGUGGGUGUUUGGAAUCAGUCUCUGCACCCCUUCCCCUCCCCAGUGGACACAAUAUAGUGGUCAUGACAUGCCUGUGUCUCCCAAUA